CAUAUAAAUGCCCCAUCACAGUUAUUCCCAAACAGAACCAUCAUAUUAGUAAAAGAACUGCAGAGACCUUGACAGGAUCACAUCACUAACAAUGAGCUCCAAAAUACAGUUACGUGGAGUCAACCCUUUGCAAUUUUUUGCUUCCCUUCUUCUUAUUUCUUCAGUGUUAAACAUGUGGACGGGCACUGAAGGCUGGUCAUACCAUCGCUCAGACUCCACCAUGACCUGGGAAAACGCAAGAGACUGGUGCAGGAAGCGCUUCACAGACAUGGUGGCCAUCCAAAACAAAGAGGAGAUUUCUUAUUUAAACAGCUACUUACCAAAAGUUAAUGGGUAUUACUGGAUUGGGAUCCGCAAAAUUAACGGCAUCUGGACCUGGGUGGGAACCAACAAGAAACUUACUGAUGAAGCUAAGAAUUGGGCAAAUAAUGAGCCAAAUGGAAAGAAAUAUAAUGAAGACUGUGUGGAAAUAUACAUUAAAAGAGACUAUGAGGCAGGCAAAUGGAAUGAUGAGCACUGUUUGAAACGGAAGACUGCGUUAUGUUACACUGCAUCCUGCAAAAACGAUUCCUGCGUCAGUGGUCAUGGCGAGUGCGUGGAGACUAUAAACAACCACACAUGCUCAUGCUUUGAAGGUUUUUAUGGAGAGAUGUGUGAGAAUGUAAUAAAAUGCAAAUCGGAGGACAUCAGCAAACCAGAUCAUGGCAGUGUCCAUUGUUCUAAUCCUAAUGGAAAGUUUUCAUAUGACUCUCUGUGUGAAUACUCCUGUGAUGAGGGUUAUAAACUAAAGGGUGCCAGUAUGUCAAAAUGCACCGCGACAACAGAAUGGUCGAGCAAACCACCAAGCUGUGAACUUGUUCUAUGUUCAGAGCUGAUCACACCAAACAAUGGGACAAUGCACUGUCACCACGAUUACAAAGGCAACUUUAGCUCCCAAUCCACCUGUGAGUUUGCUUGUGAAGAAGGAUACACGUUACAAACAUCCAGCUCAUCUACGCUGCUUUGUGGAGCCACAGGACACUGGAAUGAUUCACAACCCAGAUGUGAAAUUGUAAAAUGCAAUCCCGAGGAUGUCCUCACUUUACAUCACGGCAGUGUCCAAUGUUCUAAUCCCAAUGGAUUUUUUUCAUAUGACUCUGUGUGUGAAUACUCAUGUGAGGAGGGUUAUGAACUGAAGGGGUUCAGUACGACAAAAUGCACUGCUACCACAGAAUGGACCAGCAAACCACCAACCUGUGAACUUAUUCAAUGUUCAGAGCUGACCGCACCAAACAAUGGGACAAUGCACUGUCACCACAAUCCCAAAGGCAACUUUGGCUUCCAAUCCACCUGUGAGUUUGCUUGUAAAGAAGGAUACACGUUACGAACAUCCAGCUCAUCUACGCUGCUUUGUGGAGCCACAGGACACUGGAAUUAUUCACAACCCAGCUGUGAAAUUGUAAAAUGCAAUCCUGAGGAUGUCACCACUUUAUAUUACGGCAGAGUACAAUGUUCUAAUCCCAAUGGAAAUUUUUCAUAUGACUCUGUAUGUGAAUACUCAUGUGAGGAGGGUUAUGAACUGAAGGGGUCCACAAGAACAAAAUGCACUGCUACCACAGAAUGGACCAGCAAACCACCAACCUGUAAACUUAUUCAAUGUUCAGAGCUGAUCACACCAAAAAAUGGGACAAUGCACUGUCGCCACGAUUCCAAAGGCAACUUUAGCUCCCAAUCCACUUGUGCGUUUGCUUGUAAAGAAGGAUACACGUUACAAACAUCCAGCUCAUCUACGCUGCUUUGUGGAGCCACAGGACACUGGAAUGAUUCACAACCCAGAUGUGAAAUUAUAAAAUGCAAACCGGAGGACAUCACCACACCAGAUCAUGGCACCGUCUAUUGUUCUAAUCCUAAUGGAAACUUUUCAUAUGACUCUUUGUGUAAAUACUCCUGUGAUGAGGGUUAUAAACUAAAGGGUGCCAGUAUGGCGAGAUGCACCGUGACAACAGAAUGGUCGAGCAAACCACCAAGCUGUGAACUUAUUCAAUGUUCAGAGCUGAUCACACCAAACAAUGGGACAAUGCACUGUAGCCACAAUCCCAAAGGCAACUUUGGCUUCCAAUCCACCUGUGAGUUUGCUUGUAAAGAAGGAUACACGUUACAAACAUCCAGCUCAUCUACGCUGCUUUGUGGAGCCACAGGACACUGGAAUUAUUCACAACCCAGCUGUGAAAUUGUAAAAUGCAAUCCUGAGGACGUCACCACUUUAUAUUACGGCAGAGUACAAUGUUCUAAUCCCAAUGGAAAUUUUUCAUAUGACUCUGUAUGUGAAUACUCAUGUGAGGAGGGUUAUGAACUGAAGGGGUCCACGAGGACAAAAUGCACUGCUACCACAGAAUGGACCAGCAAACCACCAACCUGUGAACUUAUUCAAUGUUCAGAGCUGACCGCACCAAACAAUGGGACAAUGCACUGUAGCCACAAUCCCAAAGGCAACUUUGGCUUCCAAUCCACCUGUGAGUUUGCUUGUAAAGAAGGAUACACGUUACAAACAUCCAGCUCAUCUACGCUGCUUUGUGGAGCCACAGGACACUGGAAUGAUUCACAACCCAGAUGUGAAAUUAUAAAAUGCAAACCGGAGGACAUCACCACACCAGAUCAUGGCACCGUCUAUUGUUCUAAUCCUAAUGGAAACUUUUCAUAUGACUCUCUGUGUGAAUACUCCUGUGAUGAGGGUUAUAAACUAAAGGGUGCCAGUAUGGCGAGAUGCACCGUGACAACAGAAUGGUCGAGCAAACCACCAACUUGUGAACUUGUUCAAUGUUCAGAGCUGAUCACACCAAACAAUGGGACAAUGCAGUGUCACCAUGAUUUCAAAGGCAACUUUAGCUCCCAAUCCACCUGUGAGUUUGCUUGUAAAGAAGGAUACACGUUACAAACAUCCAGCUCAUCUACGCUGCUUUGUGGAGCCACAGGACACUGGAAUGAUUCACAACCCAGCUGUGAAAUUGUAAAAUGCAAACCUGAGGACGUCACCACUUUAUAUUACGGCAGUGUCCAAUGUUCUAAACCCAAUGGAAAUUUUUCAUAUGACUCUGUGUGUGAAUACUCAUGUGAGGAGGGUUAUGAACUGAAGGGGUCCAGUACGACAAAAUGCACUGCUACCACCGAAUGGACCAGCAAACCACCGACCUGUGAACCUGUUCGCUGCCCAACCCAUGAGAAUCCAGCCAAUGGUGUCAUGGACUGCACUGAUUCAAGCUUUAUUUAUGGGAGUAAGUGCAGCUUCAGUUGUGAAGAAGGUUAUCUCCUCCAGGGGGCGUCAGAGAUCAGCUGUACAAAAACUGCAGAGUGGAGUCACGAACCACCUCGCUGUGAAGCAGUGGAUUGCCCACAUCUUUAUGAGCCUGUCAAUGGGGACAUGAACUGCACUUUGGAGGAACCCAUCUUUGGAACAGUCUGCAUCUUCAACUGUCAUGAUGGUUACCAGCUUUACAAUAAUGAGAUUGUGAUGUGCAACCACAAUGGAAACUGGUCAGGGGAGGUAGCAGUGUGCUUAGCUCAACCUGGACCCUCAGCAUCGAGCUUUAAAGUGACAGAAGUGACAGCUGGGGUUUCCGCUAUUGUCGGGAGCUCUAGUCUGUUAUCUGUCCUUUGGAUACUGAAGAAAUUGAGACGUAACGCUAACAAGUUUGACAUGAGCAGCUCUGAUACUGAAGAUCCUCCACAGGUUUAUAAGAACAGUCGUGACAGUCUGAUUUAAAGCAAUGACGGAGAUUGACUCAAGCAGCUGUGAGACGCUGGCGGCCGCAGCGAAGCAUUUGCAGUGUUGCCAGAUCCCAUUGUGAAAAAUAGAGUUUAGAAUUUAAUGUUUUAGCAAUAAUGUGACACUUUAUGAAAUGUAUAAAGUAAGAGUGUGCAGAUUAGUGUUAGCAAUGUCUCUGUUUUUUUUUCCUGAAACACAAGGUUUGAACUUUUGAUUAUGUUUUCGUACUAAUCUGGCAACAAGUACCUAAACAGUAAUCAAAUGGCACAUCAUGUAGUGUGGGCACUGGGCAGGUAAUUGCAGACAUAAUACUGCAUUCGGUAAGACACAGAUAAUAAUCUUCAUAAAUGUAAGAAACGCUUUUAACACUAAAAAUAAUUAGAAAAUAACACGGUUACAAAGAUGUACAACAAUUGGGUUUAAGUGAAAUAUGCCAAAUAUGUAAACAUUGGCCAUGAAGUUUUUAUUCACUUUCACUAAUAAGAGCACUAAACAAAGUUCUUGGUUACCUAAUAUUGCUUAUUAAAACGAUUACUAUAAUGCUAUAAUAAGCAUUGUUGCAUGAACAUAAAUAUUAUCCAUCCUAAGUCAGCAGUAAAGUAUUAACAAAUUGUGAUUUAAUAAACAUAAUAUAACAAUGUCCACCCCCAAAUCAUAUAAACGGAGUGUGUAUCCAAAGUGUAUGGCAAAAAGGUUAUGGCAGAAUACAUAAGAUCCCAGGUAAAAAAUAAAGUAUACUUGAAUAUACUAAAACUACAAAUCUAGUAAUAAAUAGUAUAGUUCUAAUGCGUCUGUAAAGUUUACAAUACCAGUAACACAUAGAGUUCUAGUGUAUUGAAAUACAUGGUGUCUUAAAAUAGCACAGUUAAGUACACUUAAGUUUAUCUUAAGUACUAAAGACUACAAAAUUUGUGCUCAAAAUAGUACAUUUAAUAAGUAUACUUAAAGUGUAGUGCUGUGUUUUCUACUGGGAUAGCCUUUGUUAACUCUUAACACCCCUGGACCUCACUCAUUUUCAAACCCUGGCUAUGGCAUUGGAGCGGAAGUGCAUCACACUUCAUGGGGUCUUCACAAAAUACCUGCAGGCAAAAAGUCAUCAAUUGUAAUUUUUCUUCCCAAUGGAAGUUUUUUUCUUUACCUGACUGAGCAUAUUGUUCUGUACUGUACUAUUCUAUUUGUUUCUGUGCAAAUGUAUUGUCAUUAUUAUGACCUUAUGAAAUUUAUUCAAGACUUAUUUAUUCAAUGUUUGUCUAUAAAACUACCUUAUAAAAUUUUGAAUUUAUGAAAAAUUGGGACUGAAAUCAUGAAAGUCUUAUGUGCAUUACUUCCUCUGGAUUGUUUAGAUUGUUAAAAAUUUAAUUUUGAUAUUUUUAAUACUGACUGAGAAAGGUGAUGUCAAAGACUGAAAUCAUAAGGUAAUGGGUGAAAUCAAACUUUGAUGCAUUACAAGACUUUAGCCUGGAUUUCACAGACAGGGUCACAUUUGUUUAAUAACACUGAUUAUCUCCAGAAAACGUUGCAGUUAGCAGUACAUUAAAAUCUUAACAUCUAAAUAAAGGGCAGGAUACAAGUGAUUGUAAUAUUCCUGAAUCUUUCCUCACCAAAAGGGUGUGAAAAUUGUGAGAUAACCCAUUAGAAUUGUGAAUGCAGUGAAAGGUUUUGUUUAACUAACGCCCGGUCCUAAUCAUCCGUCUGUAUCCUGUCAAUGUGUCCUUUCCUGAAUCUGUUUAUAAUCUACAGUAAACGGUCAGGCGGUGCAUGCUUGUUUUUUUUUACUUAUCUUAGUGA